CCCACCGCGUCUGCUGCCGGGUGACAUGGCGGACGAGCAGCAGCAGGAGCCGUUCGAGGAGGACAUGACCUGCCCAAGGGACCACGUGGUGUGGAGUUGGGUGACUCCUGGGCAGAUGCUGCCGGGCAAUUCUUGCGAGUCGAGAAGGCUGCGGUGCAAGAUCUGCAACAAGGAGUACAAAGGGAACCGGAAGCGUGCGUGGGAACACUUCAUUCUGGCGAGGGCAUCAUCCAGGUGUUCGGGUUCGAACCUCUCCAUUUGGAAGAGGCUGCAUCGCAUCGGUGCGCAUCUGCCACCGGAUUUGCUCGCGAGAAUGCAGAUGGCGCUGAAGCAGGAGAGGGAUGACGACGACUACGGCGUUCCCAACGUGGCAGGUGUUGGGCCUGAGACGAGCAUCAAGAGGUACACGAAGAACCCAAAGCAGGAGGAGAUUGAUGACUCCUGCUGCCAGUUCUUUGUGGAGAACGCGACCCCGUUCAACGCCGCCAAGAGCAGGAGCUUCAAGAAGUUCACGUGGGCGUGUUACGGACCACAACCUGCAGCGAGCCACCCUCUUGUGCCUACUGGGUACAACCCUCUCAGGUGUCGGUUGCUGGAUCGCCUUAACAAGAGGUUGCAGGAGGAGGAGCAGGCGAUCCGUGACGUAUGGCAGGUCACAGGCUGCACGUUCAUAACCGAUGAGACCACAGACAUCUGCGGUCGAUCGCUUAUGAACUACAUCCUCACAGGCCGGUCGAAGCCUAUUUUCAUCAAGUGUGAGGAUGUUAGCGAGGGGACAAGGACUCCACAGCCGUCGUUGCCGGAUGGAAGCGGUUCUUUAGGGAGUGGGGGUUGGAGAAGAUCACGCUGCCUCCUCCGACCGGCGCAGACGAGGUUUGGGACGCACUACGUGAUGCUGCAGCCGCUGGAGGUCUGCGAGAAGGCCAUUAGACGGAUUGUCGCAGGGCAGGAGUGGGAGGCGCAGGUGUGGCGAUGGGACAUCAGGGCCAACGCCUUCUUCGUGGAGGAAACAGUUCUUGACAGGGCCUUCUGGGCUAACGCCAGGAAGCUGACUGUCGUCAUGAAGGGGCCCUAUGACGUGUUGCGCAAGGUGGACAAAGAUGUCCACUGCUUGUCGCGCAUUUACGAUAUGGCUCGUCGACUGCCCGACUUCGUCCAAUCAGCCCCCCUUAUCGCAGAGCAGCGAGACGACAUGCUCAGGGACGUCAGGAACAUGACAGACAUGCUGCUUAGCCCCAUCCACGAUGUUGCUCGCCUGUUGGAUCCUCAGUUGAGGGACAUUACUCUAUUUAGUGAUGUCAACCUCAUAACACAAUUUGAGAGUGUGGUGGAGAGGCUCAUUGGAAAGAAGGGAAGCUCCAGAUUCAACGAGUGGAUGGACCAACUUUACGACUUCCAGUUCGGGAAAGGAGUCCUCGGCACCCCACAGGCGAAGAAACGGGCUACGAAGGACAAUGCGGUUUUGUGGUGGGAGGCGCACGGGGCGGGGCAUCCGGAGAUCCGCGAGCUGGCGAUCAGGGUGUUGUCGAUCUGGAUGACUUCCUCUCCUGCUGAGAGGAAAUGGAGCACUUGGGCUCUGGUGCAGACGAAGUGCAGGAACAAGUUGCACCACCAGCGCACCAACAAAUUGGUGUCCUCACACUCGAGCUUGAGGCUCAAGAGCAGGGGGGAUGAGGGGCCCACGAUAGCAGGAGGGUGGUUGGGGCUCGCAAUUGAAUGGGCGGACGAGGACCUGGGGGGUGAUUUGGCGAAUGUCAUCGAGGCCGUUGAUGACUACGAGCUUGCUGUUGGGGACGCCAGUUCUGCGGUGGGCAGCACUACUGUUCGCCACGAUCCAGUUGGGCCAUCAACAUCGAGGUCCAUGCAGAGAUUAAGGCAUGCGGAGGAGGUCGAGGAGGAGGAGGACAACGAGGAGGCUGACGUCGAGGAUGAUGAUGAGGAGGAGGUGGAGGAUGACAUUCCCGGCGAGGAGUGGGUGGUCGAGAGGUCGGACUCCGACAGGUCUUGGACGAGGAGAGAGGACGCCCCGUAUGUUCGAGGCACAGGAUAUGGACUGCGAUCCCCGACUCAGCCACGUGGGGAGGAGCAGCAGGUGGAGGAUCAGCAGUCGGACAAGCAGCAAGGGAGGGAGCAACAAGUGGAGGAGCAGCAGGUGGAGGAGCAGCAGGGGAAGGAGGUGCAGGGGGAGGAGGAGCAGGUGGAGGAGGAGGGGAAGGAGGACCAGCAGGUGGAGGAGCACACGGGGGGCAUGCAGCAGGGGGAGGAGCAGCAGUUGUUGGAGCACGAGAAGGAGCAGCAGGUGGAGGAGCAUCUGGUGGAGGAGCAGCAGGUGGAGGAGCAGCAGGUGGGGGAGCAACAGGUGGAGGAGCGCGGGGACGACGUGCAGCAUCUGAGUGAGGUGCGAGCGUUUUAUGGUUCUACUCGGCAGUCGCCUCAGGUCGGGCAGCAAGGAGCACAUCCCGGUCGUGUAUGGGAUCCCCUCGCCUAUCGUGCUCAGCGAGGCAGAGGGAGGUCCGCUUCGGCACGUGCGAGAGGAGGCACUGCACGGGCUGGAUGAGGAACAGGGCCAGGGAGGUCCGCUUCAGGAUGUGGGAGAGGUCGGCCACGCAAGGACAAACAACCCAUUGCGGCACCGAC